AUGGGGAAGAUUCAUGACCACAAUCCCAAAGCUGUUGAGUACUUGAACAAUACCAGUGAGGUUUGGUCAAGGCAUCUGUUUGAUACAGCACUUUACUGUGAUCAUAACACAACCAAUUUUGUUGAAUCAUUCAAUUCCUGCACCAAUCCAUACAGAGAUCUACCUGUUCUAAAACUUCUUGAAGGUAUAAGGCAAUGGUGCAUGAAUAGGAUGGCUCCAAGGUUUGAUAAAGCAUCAUCCAUGGAUGAUAGGGACCUCACUGAGUAUGCAACCAAGAUCCUGCAGCAGAGAUCUGAUGAGUCUAGGUUCAGCUAUGCAACUCCAUGUGGUGGUGAUGAGUAUGAGGUGAGGGACCAACAUGUGCAUUUUCCUGUCAAGCUAGGGACUAGAACUUGUGGUUGUGGGAAGUGGCAGCAUUCAAAGACCCCCUACAAACAUGUGGUAAGGGUGAUUUACCACCAGAGGCUUCAACUUCGAUAUUGUGUCUCCUUAUUUCAAAGGGGGGCAUACAAAAGCACUUAUGCUGAGCAUAUGCACCCAAUUCCUGACCCAAGUCAAUGGCCUUCAUUCAAUCUCCCUGACAUACUUCCACCACCAGUGAAAAGAUCUGCAGGUAGACCAAAGAAGCAGAGAAGAAGAGGGCAAAAUGAAGGAAGGAAAGGGAAGAGGCAUAGCACAGUUAAGUGCAGCUUAUGCAAGGAGUUGGGCCACAACAUGUUGACCUGUGCAGCAAAGAAAAAGAAUGCAGCAACUAAAGCAAGCUCUUCAAACAACAAGAAGAAAGUUGCAUGA